GUUCUGCUUGGUAAAAGUGGCCCCACAACCAUCGUGGGAACACUUCAACUGCUGCUUGAGUCCUGCUUUUCCGACGCUCAAAUCGUUCAUAUUUGUUUCUCUUUUGUUAAACCCCCACCGUGUUUAUCUCAACACUUUUUUCUCAGUUAUGAAAACCAGCUCCAUGUUUGCCAGCCUCUUUUGUAGCUUUCCGGAUGGUUCUUAAUUGCAUAAUUGGCUGCAGUUGUCUCUCCUGCAUUGACGUCAGGAUGGAGGGAUCGUCCAGCUGAUGUCAAUUUCACUGAUGCUGCACAGAAAACAACAAUUUCCGCACAUUUAAGUGUUUUAAACAAAUACAACGCCCCUUUUCUCUAGCUUUAAGAGCUAAUUCAAGAUGUGAUGUGGCUUUUUGUACACUAGAGGGCGCUGUGCUUCUGGAGUUCGAAUAAAAGUGCAGUUUCCUCUUCCUGCGCCAACAAGGAUGCACUUUGUGCCAAGAAGCAGCAGACCGAGCAAGGCUGCAUGGCAACGGUGGGCGGGGCCUCGCUCAGAUAGUGGGCGGACCCCCACGUGCCCUGCCUGCUCACGCAGCAACCAUCUUCCGCAUACCGCAGACCAGUGCGCACGCACGCCGAGCCACGCACGCACACGCACGCUGCGGAGCGAUGCAUCCGCGGUGCGCGCCCUCUUCCUCACCGAUCCUCCUCAUCCUCGGUAUUGAUCAGGCGAAGCUCCGCGAUGCUUCCAUGUCUACCUCGCACAGAUGUCCGUGAUGGCCGCAGAGGAGAGCUGACGAUGAGAGCAGGCGGGAAUGUGUGACGACCAUGCUGGCGGUGCGGUGCUUCUUGCUCUUUGCUGCAGUGGGCGAGCGGCUGGCGGUGUCAGGUGUGACCUGGAGCCCAGGCCAGGAUGGGGGAGGCACGUGGGUCGGCUCCUCCUGGUCCGGACAAGCCGAGGGCAGCGACACAGCGGCCCAGGUGACCUAUCCCAAACGUCUGGUCCGAAGGAUUGAGUCUGAUAAGGAACUGGCUCAUGCGCAACUGGAUACCAGGGUGAAGAACAACAAGCAACACGCCUCGCCCGUCCACUUGGCGCACAGCUGUUUCCAGAUGGAAGCCUUCGGACAGACCUUCACGCUGGACCUGGAGCUAAACCAUCACCUCCUGUCUUCAGACUACGUGGAGCGCCAAUUCACGCAGGAUGGACGACCUUCACAGUCCUGGGGAGGGGAGCACUGCUACUACCAAGGAAGCUUAAGAGGUGUAACGAACUCCUGGGCCGCCCUCUCCACCUGUCAUGGACUGUGCGGGGUGUUCUCAGAUGGCCUCUUCUCUUACGGGAUUGAGCCAGUUCACAAUGACAGCAAUCAGGAAAAUGGCGCCCACCUGAUCCACAAGAUGCCUGAUUUUAGGCUCUCUCCCCACUGUGCAGGCUGCACAGCGGACAGCGAGUUGGACCGCAGAGGAGGUGAUGAAGACAGACUGGACCAAAGUGGGGGGCAGCAGCGGGUGUCAAGGCCGCUGAGACGAUCUAAGCGCUUCGCUCGCCGGCCCUCUGUGCAGACCGAGACCAAAUAUAUCGAGUUGAUGGUGGUCAACGACAACGACAUGAUUGUACAGCUGCGACGCUCCGGCAGCCAAACUAAAAACUUUGCCAAAGCGGUGGUCAACAUGGCUGAUGCGAUCUACAAGGAGCAGCUGAACACAAGGAUCGUGCUGGUCGCCAUGGAGACGUGGACCUCUAAGAACAUGGUGCCGGUGGUGGAGGAGCCUCUGACCACGCUGCAGAACUUCAUGAAGUACAGGAGGGACAACAUCAGGGAGCAGAGCGACGUUGUCCAACUUUUCUCAGGGCGCACGUUUCAGAGCGGCCGCAGCGGGACGGCCUACACGGGUGGAGUGUGCUCGCCGACAAGGGGAGGGGGCAUAAACGAGUUUGGUAAUGUUGGCGCCAUGGCCAUCACUUUGUGCCAGAGUCUGGGACAGAAUAUCGGCAUGAGGUGGAACAAUGCACGUAACUCUGCAGGAGACUGCAGGUGUCCUGACACCUGGCUGGGCUGCAUCAUGGAGGAUACGGGAUACUAUCUGCCAAGAAAGUUCUCUCGCUGCAGCGUUGACGAGUACAUCCAGUUCUUGCUCCAAGGGGGCGGCAGUUGCCUCUUUAACAAGCCCAACAAGCUGCUGGACCCUCCAGAAUGUGGAAAUGGCUUUGUGGAGCCAGGGGAAGAGUGUGAUUGUGGAUCCCAGGUGGAGUGCGCCCGCAGCGGAGGAAACUGCUGUAAAAAAUGCACACUCACCCACGACGCCAUGUGCAGUAAUGGACUGUGCUGCAGUGGCUGCAGGUACGAGCAGAGAGGUGUGGUGUGUCGAGAGGCUGUCAACGACUGUGACAUCCCGGAGACAUGCACAGGAGACUCCAGCCAGUGUCCUCAUAACGUCCACAAGCUGGAUGGUUACACGUGUGAAAGCAAUCAGGGUCGCUGCUACGGUGGCCGAUGUCGGACUCGGGAUGGACAGUGCAGGGGACUCUGGGGUUUUAACUCAGCAGACAGGUUUUGUUACGACAAGCUAAACGCAGAGGGGACGGACAAAGGGAACUGUGGUCGGGGUCCCAGGGGCCAAGGCUGGCUGCAGUGCAACAAGCCGGAUGUUUUGUGCGGCUUCCUGUUCUGCGCCAACAUUACCACAAAGCCAAAAUUUGGGGACCUUCAGGGCGAGGUGACAAGCUUCACCCUCUACCACCAGAACAAGUACCUGGACUGCCGAGGUGGCCAUGCUCUGCUGGAGGACGGCUCGGACCUUGGCUACGUGGAGGACGGCACCCCCUGUGGGCCCAACAUGAUGUGCUUGGAGCGGCGGUGCCUCCCCGUGGCGGCCUUCAACCUAAGCACCUGCGCGGGGUCCAACUCGGCGCGCAUCUGUUCCGACCACGGGACGUGCAGCAACGAGGUGAAGUGCAUCUGCGAUAGAGACUACACCGGCAAGGACUGCAGUGUGUUUGACCCCAUUCCUGAGCCCACCGUCCCAACUGGCCCCGAGAAAAAAGAAACAUUCGGAGAGGAAGAUCUGGUGGAGGAUAAAAUGUCCAUUUGUCCAUCUCGUCUUCAUGCCCCGCCCACUCCCCUCCUCUUCCUCGCUCGGCGUCCUUUCCCACCCUGGAGAAGAAGGAAACAACAACAAAGUCUUCCAGUCCUGUUCCCAUCUCUCCAGUCCCUCAUCAUCACUAUCGGAGUCUUCCUCCCAGCACGGUGGCUCCGAUCCUCCUCUUCCUUGUCAUCGCCAUGGAGACGGAGGGUGAAGACGUCCGCACUGCCUGCUUGGACCUACUAGGUCUUCUUCUGCCCUUCGGCUGGAUCUUAUAGUCCAAGAACUUGGACUUGGACCUGCAGGCUCGGAAUGACGGUGAUGUUUUCCAAAGAGAAGCAACCACCAAGUAAGACAAGAACUCUUCUCUCUGUCCUCUUUUUAGCCGACUGCCAACUCGCCGACUUUAUGUCGAAGACUAGUUUCAGGUACCCUGAAGGAUGCUGGGAGUUUUUUGGGGGGGUUUUGGGUUCAUUGGACUGCUGGAUGGGACCAGGAGCUGUACAUUCCACUGACUCCGCCUGUGCUCACUUCCUGGUUUCUCUUUGGCGUGCUUGUUUGUUAGUCUUUUUUAAAGAGAAGAAGAAUGUGUGCACGUCACCAUGGAGCUCUUUUAAACGUCUGUUUUUUCAGCCACGGGAAGAAGAACCAUUUUUAAGGUGGACUUAAUUGUCCAACUAGCAAUUAGCUGCCAUGGUCAAGUCUGAGGAGACGAGAAGCUCCGCAUGAGGACCACGUUGUCACACCAACUAGUAGGAUUUUGCACCAAAACCAUUUUGCAUCAAAAAUGAGCCCACAGUGGAACCUCUUAAGUCCUCACACUGUGCUGACCUGUAAUUUGUCAUAUUUACAAACCACAUUUUAACAUCAAUGAAAAUAAUCUUCUCCAGGGUUGCCAUCAUGAAAGGUUUGUCGGAUAUUCCCGUUUUAACCUACCAUUUUUACAAGUGUAAAAAGAAGUUAAGCAACAGUCUUAACUAACGCAAUCCUGUUUUGAAAUCAUUGACUGUCUUACAUGUGUAAAAAGAAGUUAUCCAAUAUCGGUUGUACUCACACAACUAAUCUUGAACGUUCUUAACUCUUACAAGUGUAAAAAGAAGUUCACACGCUCUUUAAAAAUUAACGAUUUACUAAUUCACAAUUUUUUAAACAUUCUUAUACAAGUGUGAAAAUAUAAACAAGUAGCGUCUCAACUCACACAAUUAUUUUUUUUUAAAUAGUCUUAACACUUAAAAGUGUAAAAAGAAGUUAACAUCACGUCAAGUCGCACAACUCAUUAAAAAAAAAAAUUUAGCACUAAAAAGGGAAAAAAAACGUUAACCAUCAUAGUGUCAAAAACAAACCUUUUACUCUUAAAAGUGCAAAAAGAAGUUAACAUAGUGUCAACUCGCAUAACUAUUAAAAAAAACAAAAAACUUUUAACUCUUACAACUGUAAAAAGAGGUUACUAACAGUUUUAACUAACCCAACUCCUUUUUAAAAAAAACACUCUUUACUACCUGACAAGUGUAAAAAGAAGUUAAACAGCAGUCUCAAAUCACACAGCUUAUUUUUUUUUUUAAUGUUUUAACUCUUACAAGUGUAAAAAGAUGUUAACUAACAGUCUAAAAUCACACAAGUCAUUUUUAAAACACUUGACUGCCUUAAAAGUGUAAAAAUAAGUGAUGAUCUUUUAAAAACAUUUUUAACCCUUACAAGUGUGGGAAAAAAAACAACUUAAAGUAAAUGGAAAAACAAGUUGCCUCUAUAUUGCAGCUAUUAUCAUAUAUAUGUGAUUUAUGACACCGAAAGACUUAAAUAGAUAUGAUCAAAAUAGUAUCAAUCUCACGGAGAUUCCAGAGCCAUUUUGAGAGUUAAUGAGCAAGACAAUCACGUGACCCAUGGCGUAGAGUUAGGAACCACAGAUCCCUUCCCCAUCAUCAUCAUAGCAGUCUGUCGGGCGCGACGAUGACUGUUUCAUUUCGGUCGGAUCAUAGUCCUCCACCCAGCCCAGUCUUUUGCCUUCAGCUGCCAGGUUGCAGUGUCGAUCUUCAGUUCCCUCAAAUUCCGUUUAACGGUGUCCUUGUACCGUAGCCUUGGCCUCCCUCGGUUUCGUUUCCCUUCCUCCAGCUGUGAGUAGAGCAGAUGCCGAGGGAGCCGCUCAUGACUCAUUCUCUCUACAUGCCCGACCCAUCUCAGGUUCCUUUGGGUUAAGGUGUCAUCCAUCGAUGGCAGUCCAGCACGACUUAGGACCUCUGUGUUCGGGAUUUUGUCUCUCCAGGAGAUGUCCAUGAUGGUCCGAAGGUGGCGCAUCAUGUAGGCGUGAAGUUUUCUGCCUUGCAACCUGUAGAGGGUCCAAGUUUCAGCACCGUACAAAAGUGUAGCUAACACAGUUGCUCUGUACACCUUGCACUUGACGCAAAUAGAGACAUGCCUGUUGUUCCAGAGUCUUUCCUUUAAUUUCCCAAACACAGCACUCGCUCUCCCCAUCCUCAGUUUGAUCUCAUCAUCAAGCUUGGCAUUUUCUGUCGCUGUGCUUCCGAGGUACUUGAAUGUGCGGCAUUGCAAAAGUGGGUCUCCCAUGACACAGACCUCCCCUGGUAGGGAGGAUGUGGGCUCAUACUUGGGUGGCUGGUACAAGCAUUUCGUCUUCUUGAUUAUUUUGAGGCUGAACUGACUAGCUGUUGCUGCAAACUUGUUCACAAGAUCUUGUAUGUCUUCUACAUUGUGCGCAACUAUAGCACUGUCGUCCGCAAACAGCAAUUCUCUCACAACCUUUACUGUUGUCUUGCUCUUUGCUCGAAGGUGAGCAACCUUGAACAGAUCUGCAUCUGUUCUUGUCCGGAUGUAGACCCCCUUUGAUGUGUCCUUGAAAGCAACCUCGAGCAUGGCUGAUAGGUAGAGUGAGAACAGGGUUGGUGCUAGAACACAGCCCUGCUUCACUCACAGCACUUGCCACAUACGGGCAAGGAAAAACUCACCCCAGUGGGACGUCGGUGAAUGACUAUGAGAAACCUUGGAGAGGACCGCAUAUGUGGGUAACCCCCCCCCUCUAGGGGAGACCGAAGGCAACGGAUGUCGAGUGGGUCUGACAUAACAUUGUGAAAGUCCAGUCCACAGUGGACAAUGGCUAAGAGUGAGAUGCCUCGAUAAUUCCCACACUCUCUUCUGUCACCUUUCUUGAACAGUGGUACAAUGCUGGCAUCCUUCCACUCCUGGGGUAUCUGAUGAGUUGCCCAAAUAUCUUUGAUCAUAUUAUGCAGACAGGUCAACAACUGGGCACCCCCAGACUUCCACACCUCAAUUGGAAUGCCGUCACGACCUGGGGCUUUGUCUUCCUGCAUUGUGUUGAUUGCUCUUGUUAAUUCGGAGAUAUCAGGCGGCUCAUCCAGGCUCUCUACUACCGGGCGCUGUGCUAUAGCAUACGUGGCUUCCUCUGCUAAAUCUCCAGGGUGGUUCAGCAGUUCCUCAAAAUGAUAUGCAAAUCUGUCCAAGAUCUUGUCCUUUUCCUGCAGGACUGUCUCGCUGUCUUGUGCUUUCAGCUGGAUCAACCUUCUGGAUGUUGGGCCAUAGACUUCUCUCAGGCCUGUGAAGAAGGUUUUCAUAUCAUUCCUAUCGGCGGCAAACUGCAGCUCUUCUGCCUGUCUUUCCCACCAGUCAGAUUUAAUUUCUCUGGUGUAUCUCUGUAGUUCACUUUGGGCUCUGCUGUAAGCAUGCUUUUUGGAUCUUGUGUUGCACUGCAGCCUCUCCUGCCUAGCUUUGUUCCUGGUUACCAGCAACUCCUGCAGAUGUUCAUCCCGAACAUCGAACCAAUCGUGAUGUUUCCUCUUCGGGUGGCCCAAUAUAUUGCAGGCUGUGUUGUACACAGUUUCCCUCAUUGCAUCCCAUUUCUCAUUCAAGUCUAACCCUGCUGUCAUCCUGUCCCAUUCUCGCAAACUACAAUUCAUUUCCUCAGCCAGCUCUACCCUCUUCUCAUGAACUCUCAAUGCACCGGUAUCCCGCUUGCGUGGGGGUUUUGUCCCUGUCUUGUGACAAUACUUCCGCCUGUAAAGCUUCAGUUUCGUUCUCAACAUUACAUGAUCCGUGCCGCAGUCAGCGCCCCUCAUCGCUCUGGUGUCCAGCACUUCUCUCAGGUCCCGUUGUCUCACUAUGGUGUAGUCCAGCAGAUGCCAGUGUUUGGAUCUUGGAUGCAUCCAGGUCUUCUUGUGUGAUUCUUUGUGCUUGAAUACGGUGUUAGUUAUAACAAGGCUAUGUUCUGAACAUAGUGCGAGCAAGAAUUCCCCAUUUGUGUUGCACUUGCCGACCCCAUGGCUACCGAGGACGCCUUUCCAUUUCUUGUUGUCCGAGCCGACUCUGGCGUUGAAAUCACCCACUAGGAUCAGUCUGUCAUCUGUUGGGACAGAUUUUAUAGUCUCACGGAGAUCAUUGUAGAACCUCUCUUUUGCCUCUACUGGAUGUGUCAUAGUAGGGGCAUACACACUGUUGAAAGUGGCAUACAGCUUCUUCUGUAGUGAGAGCCUCAUUGUCAUAAUCCUGUCGCUAAUCGGUAUGGGAUCUUGGUCCAGCAUGGUGGCUAUUUCCUUCUUGACUGCGAGUCCAACUCCUGCCUCUCGCCUGUCGUCAGCAGCCUUUCCACUCCAGAAGAAUACAUAUCCCUGAUCUUCCAGAGAGUUGUAACCAGGUAAUCUAGUCUCACUGAGUGCGGCGAUGUCUAUAUUAUACUUAGUCAGCUCUAGAGCUACGAGUGCGGUCUGACGUUCUGGGCGCUCAGCUGAUAUUCUGUCCAUCAGAGUGCGUACAUUCCACUCUGCUAAGCACAAUGUUGUCGAUAUACUCUUACUGGUUUCUCUUCCUGUCGUUCUUCGUCUUUGUCUUUGUCUUUCUCCUGACUCACUUUCCACUGUCUGCCGGAGUGUGAACAGAUCAGCGCGGACCUUGGUAACCCGGGCGACGUCCGAGCCGGUAUGGAAUCUAUUUCUCCUGACCAUUUUCAUGAAACUGCUUGCAAGAGGUUUCGAGUACUGCUAGCUUUUGCGAGACUAACAGCACAUACUUGGCGAAUCGAGGUUUCUCAGGGGCAAGGCCAGGCCGAGACAGACUGAUUCCACGACUCGUUGCAGCGACUGACCAGAUGAUAGGUUUGUCUAUGUCUGCUCUUGUGUAGAGUAUGUCGCUAUGCUCUGACUGGCAUGGUCCACCACAGACCUUGUGACAGUAGCAUCAUUGGAACUGCCAGGAUGUCCAGCCUCACCCAGAAGCCUUGAUUUGUCUUUGGGGUUGACUCCCUUUGCCUUUGGUCAACCAAGACCUUAACCACAAGGCAGCGGUAAACACGUCGUAACCCUGAGGAGGGAGGCUACCAGGUGCUACACCUUGCCCAAGGGUGACCUGAGGUUUUCUGUCGGGGUUGUCCAUCCCCUAGCCUUUGGUCAACUAAGACCUGCCCGCAAGGCAGCGGUGACUCAUGGAGGGCGGGGUCGUCAGAGCCCAUGCAGUAACCAAACUGCCCACUGCCCAUCAACAAUAAUGCUAAUCAAGCAGACUUUGUGAGAGCUAACAGCGAUUAGUUUGGAAAAAAUUAUGAUCCAGAACCUUAUAUUUUUGAGCCUGAAUAUAAGGAGGACGCGAUCCACGCUUUAGAAUGUGAGUGAUGAGCAGAUCCAGCAAGUAGCAGUAUUGCUAAGUGCUAAACAAGAAAUACAAACAUAAUAAGACAAUCACUUACUGUACAAUGUCUGCUCUCACUGUGAUGCCGAUUGAUGGGAUGCUCAUAUCUUUCCGUUUAUACGAAGUAUAAAUCAUAAACUUCAUGCAAAGUUGCUGCCUGCAAACACUGUCUUCGGUUUUCGUGUCUUUGGUAAAAGUUGAAUGUCACAGACGAACAACUUCUCAGUUUUUGGCUAAAUCCUCCUAUUAUCCGGAUAAGAGGCAUGUUUUGUAAUCUAGAAUUAACUUCCACCAUCUUAGAGGCGAUGCAGCAGCAGAGAGCAAGUUACCUCCCUAUUAUCCACUGAAAAAUAGUUUGUCUGCGUUAGGGCUUGUAAUAACAAUAUUGCUAAUAUUUAAUUAAUAUUCAGGUGAGCAUAUGUAAAUACAGUAUUGUUGGCGGGUUUUGGAUGAUUAUUUUGAUAUUGAUUGAUAUUUAGAGGGUUUUGUAGGCCAAAUAGAGAUCCCCCAUUGACGGACUAUUUAUGUAUUUAUUUAUUUACGAUUUAGAAUGCGUAAAAAGAAGAAAAACAUAUGUGUUCAUGUUUUAUAUAGGGAUUGUGAAUGAUAGACAGCACAUCUUUGUCCAAUUUUUGCGUAUUUCCAGUAUGACUGACCUAAUACUAUGAUCGGAGUGCAGAAGUGUUACUAUCGUGACGUCAACCCACCCGGGUUCAAAUAGCCGAAGGUAUUCGGAGCGGAAUAUUCAAAAUAGCUGUCUGAAAUUGUGAUAUUUUGUGACGUUUAGAUGAUAUUUUCACAUACUUUGCAGAUUGUAAAUACGAUUGGAUAUGGUUUAAUGGAUACAAUGAAACACUAUUCAGCAUAUAAAGUCAACUUGUUUUUCCACUCUACUGGUAUUUUAAACAACAUGGUCUUAACUCACGCAACUUCUUUUUAAAACAUUUUUAACUCUUACAAAUGAAAAAAAUAAGUUAACAGUCUAAAGUCACGCAACUCAAAAAGUUAAACCCAGUUUCAACUCACACAAUGCACUAUUUUAAACACUUAACUCUUACAAGUGUAAAAACAAGUUAAACAACACAGUUUCAACUCACAAUGCAUUAUUUGAAACAUGUUUUACUCUGACAAUGAAUUGAUUAACGUGGACCCCGACUUAAACAAGUUAAAAAACGUAUUCGGGUGUUACCAUUUAGUGGUCAAUUGUACGGAAUAUGUACUGUACUGUGCAAUCUACUAAAAAGUCUCAAUCAAUCAAUCAAAAGACAAGUAAAAAAAUUAGUUAACAGUCUAAAGUCACACAACUAUUUUUUUUAAAUACUUUUGAAUGUCUUACAAGUGUAAAAAGAAGUUAACAUCACCGUUUCAACUCACAAUGCAUUAUUUGAAACACUUAACUCUUACAGGUGUAAAAAUAAUUUCAACAUCAUAGUUUCAACUCACACGGUUUAUUAUUUCAAACAUUUUUAACUCUUAAAAGUGUAAAAAGAAGUUAACUGACAGUCUUUGUGUAUCAUUUUUAAAACACUCUUGAAUGUCCUAAAAGUGUAAAAAGAAAUAAAACAACAGUCUUAAGUCACACAACUCAAUAAAAAAGUGUAACUCUUACAAGUGUAAAAAGAAGUUAACUGACAGUCUAAAGUCAUGCAACUCAUUAAAAAAAAUACUUUUGACUGUCUUACAAGUGUAAAAAGAAGUUAAAUAUCAGUUUCAACUCACACAAUUGAUUAUUUUAAACAUUUAACUCUUACAAGUGUAAAAAGAAGUUCACUGACUGUCUUUGUGUAUCCUUCUUAAAACACUCUUGAAUGUCCUAAAAGUGCAAAAAUAAGUAAUACAACAGUCUUAACUCACACAACUCAUUAAAAAAGUUUAACUCUUACAAGUGUAAAAAGAUGUUAACUAACAGUCUAAAGUCAGGCAAGUCAUUUUUAAACCACUUGGCUGCCUUACAAGUGUAAAAAGAAGUUAACUCAAGUGAUGAGUCCCGCAACUUUUUAACCUUAAAAAGUGUAAAAAAAAAGUUAAACAACUGUCUCCAUUCAUGCUACUCUUUUUAAAUACAUUUUUAACUUUUACAAGUGAAAAAAGAAGUUAACUAACAGUCUGAAGUCACACAACUCAUUUUUGAAACUACUCGACUGGCUUACAAGUGUAAAAAGAAGUUAACCAGCCACUUUAGUGAUGAGUUUUUGAAGGACUUUAGAGGUUCUACUGUGACGUGGACAAAAUGAUGAACUUUUCAUGGGAAAUAUUCUCUUUUCAACUUUUUGUGAAGGGUUUUGCACAUUUCAUGAAAUAUUAUACGGUAAAUAAGAUUUCCUACUAACGCCAUGAUGCUAUGCUAACGUGUCCCUGAGAGAAAAUGGGCGCUCGCCGGUUUUUGUUUUCCAACGUUUUUGUAAAUAUGUGCAAGCUAUGCUGAAUGUUUCAAAUGCACCGUGUGAAGAGGAGAGAGAAAAAAGAUGAAAACGCUGAUUUAGAGUUUUAUCAGCAAAGGUAGAAAGUUCUUGUUUUAGUUUUCCUUUUUGCCAUCCAGGUGUGUGUUGGCUCACUGCCAUGUUUGCGUGCAUGAAGAGACUCUCGCUGAUUGCAGCUUUGCACCGUGGCACACUUACGGUACCACUACAGACACUGAAGAUACUAGCAAUCAUCAUCUCAAGACAUAUUUUUAGACACUUUUUUGAAUUUAGACAAAAUGAAACAAAAAAAAGAAGCCUUGCGGGCGAAUGAAUGCAAGAGCUGAGGAAAUAAAAUAUGAAAACUA